CUCCAGUCGCUCGUGCUCAGUCGAAAGGGGCAGCGGCCGCGCUUCCCUUCGAUAACAACAAAAUAAACAUAGAAUUUUAAAUGAAGUUAACAUUGGUGUCGAUGUGUGGACCUGAAGUUUAAGAUACCCCUCGGUGUGACAGUGGUGGUUCAGAUGGAUUGAGAUAAACCUGUAUGAUAAUGGAGGGAGCUGGACACAGAGGAAGAUGGAUCAAAAAAGCCCCUGUUGGCACAAUACUGCUCCUUAUGUGCAUGUUCAUCCCCACUCUGACAUCGCCAGAGCCUUCAAAGGAGCAGACGUGUCCACCUGGGGACUAUCCUAAUGGAAAGGGAAUUUGUUGCAACAAAUGCCCUCAAGGUUUUAAGCUUCUGGACAUGUGUAAUGCUACUGGUCAGAGAAGUAACUGCCUACCAUGUCCUGCUGGACAAUACGUAGACCAGAUUAACUACUAUGACAAGUGUCACAGUUGCAGACGCUGCAAACCAGAAAAGCAUGAAGUGGAGGUAUCGUCAUGUGAAAGUAAGCAAAACACAGUUUGUCGCUGUGUGGACGGUUAUUACAAAUCUAAAAUCGAUUCGGAGACAUACGAGUGUCGCAGAUGCAAACAAUGUGGAAAGGAUGAAAAGACAUUACAGACAUGUACGUCAGAGAAAAACACUGUGUGUGAAUGCAAAGAGAACUACUACAGAGCCAAGGGCAAAUGUGCACCCUGCAAGAAUUGUUCUGCUGAGUGUAAGCAUCACUGCUCCACCACCCCACCCCUAAAUACAAAAGCUCCUAAAUCUGAUGAAAAUCUCAUCAACAUAAUUGCGGGAGUUGGAGUUUUCACUUUGGUAUUGCUGACGCUGGUGGUUGUCAUCACCCACAAGGUCACAAAACGGUCUACGAAGAAGAAGUUGCUGAAACGAUCCUGCCCAACAUCGGAUGUCUCCCCGGACUCAUGCAAGGAAGUCCUGGUCCAAAGUGAGGAACCUUCAGAAAACAUGAGUGUGACAGCUGUUCCCCAAAGUCCUGUGAGUGAACAGGAGCCGUCCAAUCUGCCCGACUGUGUCCCCCUGGAAAUCAAGAUCCCUGACCUGAUCUACAUGGUGUUGGAUCUGGUUCCUGUGACGCAAGUGAAGCGGCUGGUGCGUUCUCUCGGUGUGAAUGAUACAGAGAUCGAACAGGCAGAGAUGGAUCACCGAUCCUGCCGCGAGGCUCACUACCAGAUGCUGAGGGUUUGGGCGGAGAGAGGGUCACGUGCCGCCGGUGGAGGAGGUCGGGGUAGAAUGCUGCACUGGCCCUUGUUGCACGAGCUGUUGGACACACUGAGAAAUAUACACCUGGGACAGGCAGCCGAGGAGCUGGAGACAAUGUACGGCAUUCAGUAAUACUGCAACGCGUGCCAAGCCAGAAGCUUAUGAAACCAAGUAUUGUUCUAGAGACUUACUCACAAGCAGUCUCAAAGCACACAGACUGAUUCAGUGCAACCACCAGCAGUUUUAUUUCACAGAAACCAGCGUCACCGAGCACUCUACCUCUCCAAUCACUCGCUGAGAAGACGGGAUCAAGCUACUGAAAGCGGCCGAUCAAAUGAUUCACGGAGGGAGAGUCAAAGAAAAUUUCACUUUUAGCCAUGUUUUAAGGGAAUAAUUAGACAUUUUGGAACUAGCUUAUUGGCUUUGUUAGAUGAGAACACUCUCAUUUCUAUAGGGUAAAUAUGAAGCUACAACCAGCAGCUGGUUAGCUUAGCUUAUCACAAAGACUAGAAAUGGGUUAGCCUGACUUUGUCCAAAGGUUGCCAUAUCCCCCUACCAACACCUUCAAAGCUCAGUUACUAGUGUGUUUUAUCUCCAUUGUUUAGUAUGCAGUGUAAAAAUGAAAACUUUCUAUUUUACAGGGGGUUAUAUUCUUUAACACUGGACUAUUUCUCAUCUGGGAACAGUAACUUCCUGGACUCUCUACUGGUUGCCUGGCAACUGCUCAUCUGGCCUACUCUGCACAGGGAAGCUAAAAAGUGUAUCACUCAAAACUUCAAACUAUUCUUUUAAGAAAUCACUUUUUCAUAGGUUUGAUGUCUUUGGAAAUAAGGGGGGAUUAAGAGGUCUUUUUUAUUAUUUAAUUCUGUAUGAACAUUGCAAACAUUUUGUUUUCUGUUUUUAUUUUUUUACUUGAGGGUGGUGUAAAAUCUAAUUCUGACUAUUCAGUCUGUGCCAUGAGGUUAACUGGUUAUGUUUUAACAGUAGUUCCUUGUUACAUUGUUGAAACAGUUUAAGUCUUGUUAAGAUUUGACGGGAACAAUAACAGGGAAGUUUGUUGUUCCUGGUUCAGACCAGACCCCUGCCACUUCUCACGGGCGUUUUACAACCCUGUUUGCAUUAUUUUAAGCCCCAUCAUACGAGCAUUAUUCAUUACUGUUGGUGAAAACAGGUCACGCCUUGUCUCAGUCUGCCCCAGCCAAUCUUUCCUAAUACCAGUCCCGGCCUGUAGAUUCAGAUAUGAAUCAGGCGCACUGAGAAAGACUGAUGACGUGUCAUUCCACUGCACUUUUAUCUUGUAUUAAAAACUGUAUUAUAUAACAACAAAUUUAUUGAGUCCACAAUCCAGUAUAUAAAAUAUCCUUAAAUAAAUGCAUCUUUUUAUCUUAA